UGUUGACCAAUCACAGGAGAGCACUGGUCCACUACGAAUGACGUUGUCAAGGAAGCGUGGUUGUUUCUGAAGGAUGUUGAGGCUCCUGAAAAGAGUUUUUUCAUCUGUAGAAACACGAGACAAGACGAACGUUUCCGCUAUUCUUCGAAAUCUCAGCUCUGCAGCCUCCCCCUGUGCAAAUCUUGCACUGAAGCCCCAAAUGGAGGCCAAACUGUACCAGGCGCCUCCGCAGGUGCGCGGUAUGACUUCACUUGACAAAGAGGCCUUCGCACAGACAAUCACUGUCCCAGCUCUACGGGUGCCCACGCGGUUUCUCAACAAAGUGAUGAAGAGCCUGAGAAAGUGCACCAUCCAGCGCCCCGGGGUCCCCAGAGUGGUUCAGGAUAACGAUGGGAGUUCUGACUACAGGCUGGUGCUGUUGGACCCUCACAGAGUGCCCUCAUCGGGCUCCUUUACUGAGGCUGAAACGGAAACGCUGAGGUCAUUCGAUGUCUCUCAGGAGCUACAGGACUAUGAGCUGAGACUGACCUACGACAAUCUAAAGAGUGAGGAGGUGCUGGAGGCUGUGCUGCCUCUGGGGCAGGACGUGACGUCAGCGUUCAGCCGAGUGGGACACAUCGCACAUAUGAACCUCAGGGACCACCAGCUCCCAUACAAGAACCUCAUUGGUAAAGUGAUCAUGGACAAGAACCCUGGUGUGACGUGUGUGGUCAAUAAGACAAAUAUUAUCGACUCAAUGUAUCGCAACUUCAAGAUGGAGGUGCUGGCUGGAGAGGAGAACAUGGUCGCCAAAGUGAAAGAAAACGGGGUGACAUACGAGUUUGACUUCUCUCGUGUGUACUGGAACCCGAGGCUGAGCACGGAACACCAGCGCGUGGUCGAGCUCGUCAAGCGUGGUGACACCGUGUUUGACAUGUUCGCCGGCGUGGGACCCUUUGCUAUCCCGGCGGCGCGAUCGGGCGCCGCCGUGUUCGCCAACGACCUCAACCCGGAGUCGUACAGGUGGCUGCAACACAACUGCAAAGUGAACAAGGUAGAAGGCAAAGUGAAAACCUUCAACCUGGACGGCAGAGCAUUCGUCCGAGGGCCGCUCAAGCGAGAGCUACCCGCGCUGUUUAAGGGAAAAGGUGGCGUGCACGUGGUCAUGAACCUGCCCGCUUUGGCUUUGGAGUUUCUGGAUGCUUUCAGAGGCCUCCUGCAUCAGGAGGCUCCCUGCGACGACAACCUCCCCACAGUGCACUGCUACGGCUUUUCUAAAGACAACAACCCGGAGAAGGACAUGGUGGCGAGGGCGUCUCUCGCCUUGGGCUUCCCUUUGGAGGGCCGCUGCUCUGUGCAUUUUGUCCGCAACGUGGCACCCAACAAAGACAUGAUGUGCGUAAGCUUCACCCUUCCAAAAGAAAGCCUCUUCAGCCAGUAUGAACAGACAGAAUCUUCAGAGGAACCAACCCCCAAGCGGCAAAAGUGUGAGACAACAGAUUCAUCGUGAAAGUGAAUUAAAUCACAACUUGAUGCCACUGUAAAAGUACGCUUGAGGACAUAUUUGAGUUGAUCCAUUUUUUUUCACAUGAUGAACUGAUAGCAGACACUGCCACAACAAAACAAGAGAGAGUGCAAGUUGUAUCAAAAAUUCUGAGAGGUAUUACUUGGAAAAACAUUUCUCAUCAUAGUUAGUAGUGGUGUAGUACAACCGCAUUGCAUUAUACUGAAGGGUAGUUGUGAUAUUUCAUUUCCUUUGUCUCCAUGACAGUCUCAAUCGAAACUUUUAGAAUUUUGUGUCCAGCUCUUCUAUAGGAGCUCAUUUGCUUUUUUUUUUUUUUUUAUGUCCCUACAGUAAUGUUGUGGCCUUCUUAACAAUUAAACGAAGUUGAGACAAGCUCUCAGCUCUUAGAAUCCAGAGCUUCCUUGAAGAAGUUUCCUUUUUAAAUAAAUUGCUCUAAC